AGAACACCACAAUAUUCAUCUUUUUGGGGUUAAUGCUCUCAAUGGUGAAUCGAUCGUUCACUAUACUUUUAGUUAUGAGAGGAUGGAAUGGAAGAAAAGUAAUGAAACCUGCGAUGGCUACUGAAUACAUUCCCAGCCCUAAGAAAAAUAAGCAAAAGUCAUCACCAAGGAAGAGACACAAUAAGAAAACAGGGAGAGAGAGGGAUCUCUACAGGAAGAACUACUUCCAUGCUUGUGAAAGCCUUCUGACCUUAAUUCUGGAGAAGAGACAGGGGAAGACUGCGAUCCUCUCACUCAAAAAAUCAGGGCCCGAACUGCCAGAACUUCUAAAUCAGUUCUCAGCUGGAAUUGCUGGAACUGGUCUUGCUGUUAUCUUCUCAGUCGUCUGUAAGGUCGUAGGUGGGAGGACUCCCUUCUGUGCAUCAAAGCUCUUGAAUACUGGAUUUGGAUUUGGGCUAGUUUGGCUCUCAUGGUAUGAGAAUGAUAGGGAAAGGCUUAGUCAGACCGCUCAUAUUGUGUGGAAACUUGAGAUGGGACUAGCUGACAAGCUUAAUGUCGGGGCAGUAAUGUUGCAGAAAGCUUUUGGGCUAGUUGACCUAAUGUUGUGGCAGUUGACAUGGUUAAUAACUUCUGGGAGAAAGGGUCUAAAAGAAGCACAGCAGCAGGGAUUUUCUGCAGUUGUUGAACUCAAAGACAUUGCCAUUAGAAAGGGUCUAAAGGAAGCACAGCAGCAGGGUUUUUCUGCAGUUCAACCCCGAUCCGAUGCUCAAACUGUGGUUGAAUCAAAUAUAAUAAAAGGCAAUAUGGAUCAUCCUAGUCCACAAUCGAUAGAAGGUGGUGGGGGCAUACGGCUGCCGAUUGAUAACAAGUUGAGUGAUAAUUGGGGUUCCGGUGGAACCGACACCAUAUUUGAACCUCAGAGAGACAGCAGCAGUGCAGAGCCUGGUUCUUCAAGAACAACUGUUAAUGCACCAGAGAAGAAGCUGACUCUAUUUGCUCUUCAAGUUGCAGUUCUCGAGAAAAUGGCUACUGGGCUAGGAACCAUGGGAUUCAUAUGGGCAACCGUUGUUCUUCUCGGUGGUUACGCCAUUAAACUAUCCAAAAUUGAUUUCUGGAUCAUCACCAUCAUACUCUUAAUUGAAGGCGCCAGAAUCUUCAGCCGCAGUCAUGAACUCGAAUGGCAACACCAGUCUACAUGGACGAUAGCAGAUGCGAGCAUCCAUAGUUUUCGAGCACUGAAAUCGAGCUCCCAUUUGAUUGUUCGAGCCAUGAAAGGAAUUCGCGGGUCAAUUUCUAAACACCAAAGCCGAGAACUCAAAGAGAAGACCAAUGACGAAAGACCAAGCAAUCGGUCGACGCGUACAUGGAUAUCAUCAGAAGUUCCCCUGCUUCCAUAUGCUAGUAGGUUUUUUCUAUCUAGGAACAUCAGUAAGUUAUUCUAUUGGCUUCAGUUGUUAUCAGCCUUAGCUUGUAUAACGCUUUCAGUAGUGAGGCUUCUGCAGUUGAGCCAUGGUAAUGCAAUUGAACCAAGCCCAGAAAAUAGGAACCAUAAAUCUGCUUUGAUUGUCUUUUAUGGGUUGGCCUUGGCCGAAUCUUUCUUAUCUCUGCUAGAGAAAGCCUACUGGGAAUGGACGAUUACGUAUCGGAAAUUGCUGGAAGAAGUGAACAAUGAGUGUGACUUAAGAAGCUCCGGCAUGAUUUCCAUCCAAAGGUUCUUCUAUGAUGCCUAUUCGGAAUGUAUUAAUGGAAGCAUCUUUGAUGGCUUAAAGUUGGAUUUGGUUUCUUUUGCUACAGAGCUCUUGGCUUCUGAUUCCAGCGACGAGCAGCUCAUUGGGGCUCGAAUUCUUCAGAAAUUCUCAACGAAUCGUCAAUUCUCUGAUGAUACACUCCAGAAGAUUGGCACAUCUACACUGGUUAUUGAAAGACUGGUGGAGAUGUUGUACUGGAAGAACCCACAAGAAGCAGAGAUCAGGCAAGCAGCUGCAAAUAUUGUGUCCAAACUUGCUGGGAAAAAGCAGAACUCUCUUAGAGUUGCAGGGAUUCCUGGUGCAAUGGAAUCAAUAGCAUCUUUGCUCUACACUCAACGUAGCUCCGAGGGUGCAUCUGACGAAAUCUUGGAGAAAAAGAUCGUUUACGAUCGAGAAAAUUAUGAGUUUUCCGUUUUUAAUCAAUUGGGUCUCACCAUUCUGAAGAAACUUGCACGCGACAACGAUAAUUGUGAGAAGAUCGGUAACACGAGAGGCCUCCUGCCCAAAAUUAUUGACUUCACACAUACUGGAGAAAGGUUGCUCAAGAACAGUCAUGACAGAGAUAAUCGAAUAUUGGCGGUUAAACGAUCCCUGCAAGCGCUCAAGUUGCUUGCAAGAACAUCUGGUACUGUGGGCAAGCAGCUGAGGCAAGAGAUUAUGGAGAUUGUUUUCACAGUAAGCAACAUCAGAGAAAUUCUCAAGCAUGGUGAAGCAUACCCAAUGCUUCAAAACCUUGGAAUCGAAAUUUUAACUAGUUUGGCCUUUGAAGAGGAGGCAAGAGAGAAGAUUGGGAGUACAGGUGGAAUCAUCAAAGAACUACUGCGAAUUUUUUUCCUAGAGCGAAAUCCCGAAGAUCAGUAUCAUGUGAGGGUUGCAGCAGGGGAGGCAAUUACAAUGCUGGCAAUGGAGAACGAUAGGAACUGCUCUAGGAUAUUGAAUCAGGAGGUACUAACAAAGCUCAUGGGGGCACUCAAAGAUUCAGCGCUUCGCAUAAAUUCGGCCAGAAUUUUAAGGAAUUUACUUACCUAUGCUGGCCAAGAUUGCUUUGUACAAUUAAAGGAAGUCUCUGCUGCUGCACCCACAGUGCUGAAGGCAAUAAUGUCAGAAGAGAACAAACUACAAGAAGUAAUGCUCGGGCUCGCAAUACAGGUAUUCAGAUUCAUGACUCCUCAAGAAGCAAGUAUUGCGCUUAAUCAGAAUGGAAUUGAUGAGGGCAAAUUAGCAAUGAAACUCCUGAAAAUUUUGAAAUUGUACCAAUACCCAUUGGCCAAAGUUCCUAGAAUAAGGCGGUUUGCGAUUGAGCUAGCAAUUUGGAUGAUGACAAACAACAAAGCAACGGUUCGAACUUUCAAGGUUCUUGGAAUGGAGGAGGAGCUUGAGAUUCUGAGAGAGACCACAUCAGAGAUCGAAAGCUUCAACAUAUUCUCUGGAACCGUUGGACUAUGCCGGCACGACAUAGCAAUUCACUCAUUAGUCGACAACGCACUUGAGUUGCUGGCAGAUGGAUGAAAUUUGGAAUUAUGUUGCUCACUCUGCAAAUCCAACAAUUCGUUUCCAUAUAUUAGGUGGAAACAUGUUUCAAAAUUAUUUUUUUUCAUACAUCUGUUGCAAUCUGACUGUUUUGUUGCAAAUAACAUUUAAUUGAUCCUUUGCAUUAACAACAUUUUAGCCAAUUACAAGGUUCCAAACGUUAUAUUUU